AUGAAACAAAUGGAAAUGAAACCAUUGGGAAGAUUGUCAUCGUGCUCGAAGGAUUGUUUGGAAGAAGUCAGAAAUUCAGGAUUAUCUAUCACAAAAUUGGAAUUCAAUUGGAUUCCUCAUUUUGCACAUUUGGCUGUUAAUUAUAAUCAAUACAGAAUUUCGAUGGUUUUCUGUUCGCCAAAAAAUGACGAGAAGAAAGAAUGCAAAGUUGUCUAUGAAAUGUACGGUAUUGUUUGACGCGGCAAAAUUUUAUUUUUCAAAAAAAAAAAAACGUUGCCACGCGAAUUUUCGGGGUCAGGAUUCAAAUUUCUAACAAAUAGAUAUUUCCACGUGGAUUUUUGUGGGCGCCAAGCUGAUUUUCAGCCGUAAAAAUUUAACUUUUUCUUCAGAAAAUGAGUUUUGACGUGGCAAAAAACUUGACAUUUUCUUGUAUGUCAAUAAUUUACAGACCAAACGUCGAAAAGAAAACAUGGUUGGAAGCUGGAAAUGUUGGCGAAAUCGCCAUCAAAUAUUUCGAGAGUUUUCUGAAAUAUGCGAGCAAUAUUGAAGAACUCAUUUUUGUUACCGUGAGUUUUGUUAGAAAGUUUUUUUUUAGACUCUAUAAUUUUCUAUUCAAUUACAGAGCGCUUUUCCAUCGAAUAAAAUAACUCUGAAACAUCUCAAAAAAUUGAGAAAUAUUUGGUUUAAAUGUCGUGGCAACACAGUUUCCAAUUUCGUAAAUGAGAUUAUCGAUCUUGAGCAGGUUCCACAGCUAAAAAAAAAGAUUUUUUUUGUUACCGUCAUACGGUAUGCAUCGGUGUUUGCAGACAGCGCGUGGAGGCGUGGCCUAUGGAGGCGUGGCCUAUUCGGUAAGCGUUGCACACGGUUUUGGCAAUGUGCGGCGCGCGUGUGUGUUUGUUGCAUAAUUUUUUUUUUUGGCCGGUACAACAGAUUUUGUGUGUUUUCUCAUAUUUUUCAUUGUUUAAACGGUGACUUCGGUUAUUUUGAGUGAAUAUACCACCUUGAUCGCAAGUCAUACCACUUUUUAACAGUUUAAACUUCUUAUUUAUCAUUUUCAGUGAAAUAUUUUCAGAUAGGAGAAUUUUAUAAACUUUUUUUUCAAAACUUUUCACAGUUUUGGGAUUUUUAACUACUUUUAACUUUAUAGAUUAUGUCAUUUCAUCUCCAAAUCGAGAUUCACUGGCGAACUACUUCAAUGAUUUUUUAACACACUAUUUUCGACGAUUCUCUACAUUUUGUAUCAAAGGUAAUUUUUUAUCAAAAAUUGUUCCGUAAACGGAAUUAUCCGUAGGUAAUUUACAUCAUUCAGGUUCUAUCAAGUUAAUUGGUUGAAGAAAGGGCUAUUACAAGCGCACAAACCGCAUCAAUUUUGGAAAGUACACCUGAUUCGACUGUGAUAGGUAAUUUUUAAUCGAAUAUUGUUCCGUAUAAUCAUAAUCCCGUAGGUCAAUGAAGUUUUUUUCAGAUUGAAUGACAAAUGAUUCGUUCGUUUAAUUAUUUUUUGGAAUGGGAUAUGUUGAUUGGCUUCCGUGUAAUGAUGAAGAUUUUCGAAAAAAAAUAUUAUGGAUAAACAUUAGAAUUUGAACUAAAAAAUGACACAAAAAACGAAAAAGAAAACAAAAAUGGACUUCCCCACACUCAAAAUAACUCGUUAAAAUCUAUUUGUUCUGUAAAUUCGUGUGUUUUUUGUUUAUAUUUUUCACAUUUUUGCAAACAUUAAUAAAUGUUUCCAUGUUUUAUUUUUGCGACUUCUAAUUUUUAAAUAUUUUAAUUGUUUAUUUUUGAUCUGAAAACUUCGAUAACACCAAAAAUUAGAUUUUGAUAUCAAAAAUAUUUUUUGAAAUAAUGAAACCUUCAAGAAUUCAAUCAAAAGUUAAUAUUAAUAUAGAUUCUCAGAAAUUCAAUAAAUUCUCUACUCAUGAUAAAUUAGGAUAUUAAAUUAAAUUUUCAAAAAUCUUCACACAAAACUUUUUGUUUAACGUCAAACGUGUUUUAUUCUUUCUAAAUGUUGUUUUUGAGAUCAACAUGUCAAUUUAGAAAGUCGAAAAUAAAACAAAUAUCUUUUUUCAACCAUAUUUGCUACUUUUGACUGCGAAUUUCGUUAUUUUCUCGAUUUCUUUUUUCAUUUACAAUUGAGAAUUGCUUUAGUUCUUCAUUUUAUAUUGCAUUUCCUCUUUUCCAUUGGGUACAAGCGCUUUUUUUUUGAAAAAUGAAGCUUUGCAAACAAUAAAAAAAAAUAAUAAAAAACCGUGCGCAUGCAACACACACACGCCGCACUUUGGCGAAAAUCAUUUUGGACACCGCCCACUUUUUUUCUUUUUUUGGAAAAAAGGGGGGAGUACGUAACUAAAGUGUUUAAUGUAUUUUCUUCUUUUUUUUAGCUGUGGGUUCGUUGAAUUCAACCUUAUGAAAUAUCUCCGAUAUUCCUAAAGAAUUUCAGCUCUUCUCAAUUCAAAAUAAUCUGACUUUUGCUCCAUUCAUCUUUCCAUUCGAGCAAGCUUCAAACCUUCGAGCCAAAAAAAUCUGGCUUAGUUUUGGUGACCAAGAAAUCACAUCUGAAAAUCUGAAUCAAUAUUUGAAAUUGUGGAAAAACGGAAGAAUUGAUAGAAAUGUGGAAAGCGUGGAGUUCGAGAAUCUCAAAAAUCUCAACUAUGACUUGGUUAUGAAUGGUUUGGAUGUUAUUGAUUUGAUAGACCGGUGAGAUUUCCGAAGGUUUUUUCUGAUUUUUUUUUGAGUUUAAUUGCAGAUUCGGCUGGAAGAUCUUCAAUUUGAAGAAUGUUAAUGGAACAACAUUCAAUGUGAUCAUAAUGAAUGAUAGAAUCACUAUGAAAUUGAUAAUUUCUAAUAUUGUUUGUUAA